AUGUGGCAACUGAUUCAUCUCUUUGAAAUUGAGGAUAUAUUGGAUUCCGAAGUGCAAGCUCCUCUUUCCUCCGUGAGGGAAGAGAAAUCGAUGAAUGCACCAGAAAUGGGCACCCAGACGACAGAAGAGAUAAUUUUAGAAGUUCACAAGGAAACAACCUCCGAUCAAAGUGCACUUCAAGAGAGUGAAAAGACUGACUUGUUGUUGAAGAAUGCCAUGUGCGACCAGACCACAGUGGAAAAUCAUACAGAUACCUUUGAUUUACAAUCAACCUUAGAGUUGGUACCGUACAAUAUUGAUUGUUUUUCAGAAAACCUUGACCAAAAUUCAAAAGAGGAGCCCACAACUGAUAAUGAGACGUCGUUUAUACCAACAGAAGAGAAACAUUUGGAAAUGCCCGUAUCACCACCUCCAUUAAUGAUUGCCAAUAAGGAGGAUGAGCAAAACGAAGAAGAUUCAAUAGAGGUAUUGUCAAAAGAAAACGUUCCUGAGAUAAUUUCCCGCAGAACAGGAGACUCAUUUGAUGUUGACAGGAGCGACCAAAAAGAAGAGUCCUUUGAGGUUGGAAUCUCAAAAGAUAAGAAUGAGCAAGCUGAGGAUCGAGUGGAGUCACCCCACCCAACAAGCAAUAGUCAAAAGCAACACAAAGCUCCCAUUAAAAGAAGAAAGGAAAUAGACGCUAUGUGA